AUGACGCCAAAACUGCCUUUUCCAUUAUACUCAGGCUUUUUCCCACAAAUUGUCUUGACGGUCGAGGAACUGAUGCAUUAUCGACGUUUGAGCAAAGAACGUGUCACUCAAUUGGUACGUAUUAUUGAGGAUGCUGACUGUGUGUAUCGCUGGACGGACAUCAAGGCACACAAGGGCCGAUACGUUCAGAAAGCGCAAUUUUUAGAUAUUUAUCCUACCACCAAGCAAGUAGCAUCGAAACAACCAUCAACAUUGUAUAAAUGUAGUGCCCAUAUUGUUGAUGUUCAACCAGAGGAGAUUCUUGAAGCAAUUGCUAACGUCAAGACACGAGAUGCUCGUAAAGCGAUGAAGUACUUGCAUGGUGAUGAGGUUGUUGAUACAAAAACUUUAUUAACGUUUCCAACAUCAUCUAAACAUAUGAAACCUAGGUAUUCAUAUCGUGCAAUUAAGUGGUCUUUGCUCAAAGCAAGACGACGAGAAGGACAAAAGAGUCUGGACUUUUGUUAUUUAGAAUAUGCAGGCAAGUGUAAAGCGCAGGAUAUGACAAAUUGUGUCGUCGGCUAUUGUAUACAGGAGUCAAUUGAUAGAGAUCGAGAAGUACCAACGCUUGAGAGAUACGAUAUCUUACGAGGACAGUUGGUCCGAUCAGGUAUUGUGAUUACAAAGACACAUCAGUCAAAUAUUUUAAAGAUUACUGCAAUUGCACAAAUUGAUGGCGCAAUGGAACCUACUACAGUAAGAGUGACAAUGCAGGAGAUUAUGGUAGACUUUGUAGCGGCAGUACAUCGUGUCAAAGGGUUGCUGGAACGACAACGAAUGGGCAGGUUGCAGAACUUGGAGAAAUGGGACUGGGUCUCCACGAAAGAUCGCAAAGCGUGUGCCGUUUGUCUGCGUGGAUUUUAUUUUCAUCGUAAGCAUCAUUGUGCGACGUGUGGAGAGGUCGUGUGCGCAAAUUGUGCCCCACUGCGAGAGCCGUUGGAUAAACAUGCGCAUUGCCUGCGGGUCUGUUCAUUGUGUAUGGCUCAGGCGGGUAGUCGAUGUGACAGCAACCUGUUGUCUGGAAUAACUAGUAGCGAAAACGACAUGCUUGACACUGCAACAUCUACGACAAAUAUUGGGACUGAAACCUAUGUGGGAGGCCUACGUUAUCCGAAGCACUUAGGAAUGCAAAGAGAGAGCAUCGAAGAAUCGUUGCGUGGGUUAUUACCAGCACCAACUCAAUUACGUUCUCCACUCCCGCCAUUUCAACAGCGGUGUAAACGUUUGAGCGUCCAAGAAAAUUAUGAAGAUGCUAGCAAUGCACAGUUCCCGCGAGCGACGUCCGAAUCAGCGCGGCGAGAGCAACGGUCAAGCGUAUCCAGUUAUUUGACGUUGUGUUCUUCCAGACUGUCAGCUCAUGCGAAAAAGAAGGCGCUUGACACCCUCGUGGAAUACGCUCGUCAAAUUCGUGACACCAUUAAUAUAGCCGUCUCGGAAGCGGAGGAAGAAGAGGAACGUCAUAGUAUUCUUCUUGAGAGAGGCAGCGGAGAUCCUCACGCUGGUGCUGAACGGUACGAUAAGAUCUUCGACCGCAUUAUGAAAGUCCGCGAAACGCUUGACAUAUCCAGCUCAGAUUUUGACGCUGUGCUCAAGUCUAUUAGCCACAACGACAUUGUGUGUUCAUCCAACAAUUCAACUUCAGAUCGACUGGAUAGUGACUUAGCUUUUAGCUUCAGCGAAGAAACAGGCAGCGAGCACAGGAGCACCAUAGAGAGUGAAAGCAUCGAAUUUUACUCGUCACGCUCGUCCUUGUUGUCGCCAUCUGUGCAGUCAUUGAACCACCAAGAUGCUGGUGAACCGCUGCCGUCACCGACUCCAGAGGAGGAAAAUGCCGUUGAAGAAGCGCGUGCGCUUGAGGAAGCAUUGCAGUGGGUUCGUCAAUCCCAACCUACCGCAACUUUACGACCAUUUUGUCCAGCGCCGUCAAUGCGUAACAAAAUUGACGAUCAUAUUGAUGCAGAGCCGUUAGUAAAAUCAACUCCGACACCUAGUCCGAUUGUUAGCGAAAGUAGAAAGCUUGGGACGGAGCGACUUGCACAUAAGAUUGGACGCCUUCAUCAGCGCCUUGAGAUCACCCAGCGUAAGUCUGAGGCAACCAGCAGUGAACCGAUGUCCGUUGUCACUGGUCCUGUUACAUCAACUUCCUUGGCUGUUCCUGCUGCGAUGGACGAGCGAGAUAAUAACGUUGGUGACGAGCCCGAACCUGAAAAGCAACCUAUACCACGUCGAUCUGUAGGGAUACCGGCAUUGAAACUGCCUCGAGGGUCUGCAGUGACAAAUUCCCCAAAAGAGGAGCAAGUGGAUAUUGCAGAUGGAGCGGCUCCGCCUUUUUCUUUGCUAACUGCACGUAGAGAACUCAGUUUGCAAAGUAUGCGACUGUCUGAGCCAUCUCGUGCUCCUCCAGACCUUGUGGCAAGGCUGCGUGGUGUCAUGAACUCAUGUGAGCUUACGCAUGCGCCUCCGCGCCGACGCCCAGGGACAGGAGAUUUGGCGGCAAUAUCAGAAACACCCUCCAACAGCUCGUCUUUGAUGUCGGCUCCAUCACGCAAUUCUUGUUCUGGAAGAUUAAGAAGGGCACCGCUACCACCGCCUCCACUUCCACCCCCAAUUCCUCCACGGUUUAACACUACUCGGCCAUCUGCAAUGACAUCGGCAGCACCGACACCCGCUAAAGGAACUACACUUUACGUGUAUGACCCCGAGGAUCGAUUCCAGAAGGUACAUAGACGAAGUUUUGACCAGCGAUCUCUUAAAGCUAGUGAAGCAAUGGAAGUCAGACCUGGUGAGGUUCCAUCCAGCAAAGAAGACAACGAAGAAGGGCACGGUCGAUUUGGUAUUUGCUUGUCUUCCUCGAACGAAGAGCAAAGACAAGCGCAUACUUCUGCAGGUGCAACUGCACUUCCACCCGCUCGAGCGUUGGGUGCUGACCGUCGAGUAAGGGCUUGCGACGAAAGUGGUGAGUUGCGUGAGUUAAUGGAGGGUUUGGCAAAAGCACCUUUACGCAGUCGUUGCUCGAGUGGCCAAUCUACUGGUGCCCCUCCCACUGAAAAUUUUGACUUGUAG